GGGUUGCAGGGUAUAACCGGGUGGCUCAGAGGCAGGGCAGGCGUGGCCAGGGUGGGGACGUGGACUGAGCCUGGCUUCCCGGUCGCUGGGGUCUGGGGCGUCUCCGGUGAUAUCUUUAUAAGGCACAAGUGAAAGGGAACGCGGGUGUGACCUGUAGCCUUGUCUCCGAGGGGGACAAUAAAGUUUGAGAAGUUUGAAAAGGGGAGAGAAAGUGCACGCCCCUUUGGCUACAGGGUGUGGCCAGAGCUCGGCGGCGAGGCGCCUGGAGGAGGGUGCGCGCGACAUGGGGGUCACCGUGGACGUUCACCAGGUGUUCCAGUACCCCUUCGAGCAGGUGGUCGCCUGCUUCCUCCGAAAGUAUCCCAACCCCAUGGAUAAAAAUGUCAUCUCUGUAAAAACUGUGGAAGAAAAGAAAGAUGAAUCAACAGGACUCAUCUAUAGAAAGAGGAUUGCUAUCUGUCAGAAUGUGGUUCCAGAAAUUUUAAGAAAGGUGAGUAUUUUAAAGGUACCUAAUGUCCAGCUAGAAGAGGAAUCGUGGCUCAGUCUCCGGGAAAGGAACAUGGCUAUUCGGAGUCACUGUCUCACGUGGACACAGUAUGCAUCCAUGAGGGAAGAGUCUGUCUUCCGGGAAAGUGUGGAGAAUCCAAAUUGGACAGAGUUUAUUCAAAGAGGCAGAAUUUCGAUCACAGGGGCUGGAUUUCUCAACUGCAUAUUGGAAACUUUUGCUAGUACCUUUUUAAGACAUGGAGCCCAGAAGGGAAUUAGAAUAAUGGAGAUGCUGCUAAAGGAACAGUGUGGUGCCCCCUUCAUGGAAUAAAGAAUCAUCAAGGUUUGGGGGAGAUUAAUUGCUGGAUGGAAGCCCACUGUCAUUUGUGUGUAAGUAUGUGGUUAGUAGUCUGAUCUUUUGAAACUAAAGUUGUCCCUGUCAGUCAAAGAAAAAAAAAGUCUUUCUGGUCUUUAGGUUAGGAGCUUUUGGAGGGGAGUGGAUAGCUAGAAAUUCAAGAUAUAAAAAACAUGCUCAGGUGUGGGUUAUACAGAAGCUAUAAGAGAAACUGAAACAUUGUUCUCAAUACAUGGUCGUGAAUGGGUAUUUUUUCGAGAUUAAAAGCCCCUAUAAUGCUAGAAAGAAAAGAAUUUGAUGAAUGAAUGACCCCAGAGUACAGUUUAUCAUAAUGGAAAUGGAAUGUUGGAGAUUGUGAGGGAUGCCCCGCAGAGGCCAUACCUGUGGCUGAUUAGAUUUGUCUGGCUAUGAGGGAACCCUAUUGUCCGUUGUUUUCUUUUGCAAAUAGCAUUUCAGACACUCAGGCUCUGGCAGGAAGGUUUAAAAUGCUCAAUCAUGUCUUCCCUUUUGGUUUCCCCCACCUCACUCCAGGCAACACAUCCUUAGAGCCAGCAGAAGAGAGUUCAAGGCAGUUUCCUUCCUGGUGUCUUGCAGACUGGCUAUCUGCCUUUGGAAAAUUUGCAGUCACGUGAUAGGUGCCGGCUUACUGCAAUUUUUAAUUACAGUUUUAAAUUAGAUUAAACAUUACGGGUAAGAUUACAACUGGAGCCAGUGUAGCAUAGAGAAUAGUCUUUAUGUAUGAAGUCAGAAACUGGCCCAGUAACCUGUUCCUUUGGUGUUAAUUGUUCCGUCAAAUGGUAUAAGAAUGACUUCCCGGGAGAAAGGAGUGUUCACAAUGUUUUUAGGUUUAGCGAAGGGACAGGGUUUGUGGAGACAAAUUACAGGAGAGCAGAAGCAGGCAGACUGUUACCUUUCCCCUCUGAUAGUCUUCCUGUGGCCCAUGGCCGGUGAUUCUCAGAAUAGGACACCUGUUCCCUUAGAGACCUAGGACCAUCUCUGAGAUGUGUAUGAAGAAGCCCUUUGAGGCAUCUGCUCUUCUCAAAAUUUUAAUAUUAAAACAAACCCCUAACCUUGUAGAACAUAAAGCUGCAAUGAAUUACAGAUUUUAAAGCCCACAGCCACUGGCAAGAUCCUCCAACAAGGCCACCCCUCCUAGUCCAACCAGUUCCCCCCACUGGGGACCAUGCAUUCAAACACCUGAGCCUAUGGGGGCCAUUCUCAUUCAAACCACCCCACGGUAUAAUUAGUCUCGAAGGUGUGAAAACCCGAAGAAGAGGGAAAUUUAAUGAAACAGUAUUUUGAUUCCUGGCUCUUGUAAUUAUAGUGGUAGAGCUGGCUCUGCCUCCAUGAAGCUCUUCACUUUCCAGAUAACAGACCUCCCAUCUGGUGUGUUCUCCCAAGUACAUUUUACCUGUCUUCUGAGUGAACUGCAUGGAAGCUGCUGGCAGGAAUACCCAGCCUCCCUGUUUAUUUGAACAAUGCAUACAUGUAUGGGAAGUAUAAAACGUCAGUAGUGCCCGAGCUUCUCUGUUGAAACAGUGUCUCCUGUUGAGAUUUGAAUUUCCAUUUUUAAAAGUCAAAUUUGAAAAGUAAAUUUUGUAAUAGAUUAGGAAUCUUUGCAUCUGGUUGGAUCCAAAUGUCCCUUGAGAAGUGGCUAUGGACCAAAUUCUUUAGUUAACUCUGCAUGUCAUGGUGGAUGAGACGGAAGACCCAGGACCAGAUGCUGAGCUCAAAUCCUGGAAAUGUCAUGUGCUUGCUGUGUUGUUGGAGUUCUUGGAAGCUUGGUAUUUCUGUUUGAGAAGAUUUCAAAUGAUCAAUUUCGUUUACUUCAUGGUUGGAGGGCAAAUCCAGGGUUUUAUUGCAUGUUGAGGGAGUUGUGGCCGUUUUCAAGAUGGAUGGGUCCACGUCAUCUGCAUUUUCCUCUUGUUUCUUGGGGUGCUCGUCUGGUGCUUUUCUGGUCAUUAGCCAUAGUCCCCUUUAUUCCUGAAGCGUGUCUUGGUAGAUAUUGGUCAAUUUCAUAUUCCAUUGAUCUCUCAAAGCACCAGCUCUGCUUCAUUUUUUCUACUGCUAUUUUUUUUUUAGACUUCAUAUGUUUGUUUUAUAUAUGCUGUUCAUGGGUUACAGUUGUUCUACCGCUGACUUUGUGUGUGUGUGUGUGUGUGUGUGUGUGUGUGUGAGAGAGAGACAAGAGAGAGAGAGAGAGAGAGAGAGAGAGAGAGAGAGAGAGAGAGUAUUCACCCAUGGACGUGUACAGUCCAGAGGUCAAUGUCUAAUUCUUCCUCCAUCAUUGUUUACCUAAUUUUGUUUUUUGAAGGAGUUUCUCACUGAACCCAGAGUUCUCCAUUUCAACCAGACUGGCCAGCUGGAGCACUCCGGAGAGUCUACCCCCUUCCCUCCCCCAGCUGUGGCGUGUUUGCAGACACGUGCUACCAUGUCUGACUUGUGUGUGGAUGCUAAGGAUCCACACUCGGCUUCUCUCUCACGUACCGAAAGCACUUUCCCCACUGAGCCAUUUCUCCAGUUCUGUCCAUGACUUUUUCUAAUCCGACGUCUUCCAGCCUCUUCCUCUGGGGAAGUCCUACCUUUCAGGUCUCAGUAUGGAGCGGCUUCUUCUGGGACACUCUCCGAGCCUGUGGAAGGGACUGGGUCCCUGUCACACCUUUGUCAGUCCCAGUCUAUAAGUGAAGGAGCCAGAGUUGGUGAAUUUAGUCUUUCCUUCAACGCUUUCUUUUGUUUCCUUAUCUCCCUCUUCUUUGAUUCUCUUUUCCCUUUUUCCAUUUUCUUUUCUUUUUUCUUUUUGGUACUAAUUCUAGAAAAAAGGCUUCAAUUAACUGCUUAUAUAUGUCUUUGGGUUCGAGUCUCUUAUCAGUUUCUGCAGGAAAUCACAGCCAGGCCUAACACCAACUGAAGUCUCCAGGAAGAAGAUGGGGCCCCACAACAACAAUUCCACGUGGACAAUAAUAAUAUCACUAAGCUGACAAAGAAAAAGACAAUUACUAGUUUUAAAUACUUUACAUUGGAUUGGAUUGUACAAAUUAUGUAUAUUGAAAUUGAUAUUGUUAGAAAAUGCUAUAUGUAUAUUUCUAAUUGUACUUAUACCAUUCAUUUAACAAUGUAAUGCAAUUUUCUGAUCCUUGAAUGUUAUUAUUACCAACUAUUAGGUUAUAAAGAAAUGAAAGUUAGUAGUUAGACAUUAUAAUAGAACUUGUAGUAAUAUUAGUAUGUUUUCAAAAUUGAGUAGAUCUAUUUUAGAUAGACAGGUCAUCUUCAAACCCUUCAGAGAUCUACAGAAUUUGGCAUUUGGUUAUUUAAUUGCUCUGAGUAGGGGUUUCCUCUACUACUGCAGGAAAGGUUUGAAGUGGAUUUGCUGUGGGGCCCUGCCUGAGGCCUCUCUGGGAUUUUCCGAAGCCUGAAGCAAAGGAUUACCUUGCCUGUCCCUUGUUGAUCUACAUUCAUUGGUCCAGUGUUUUCCCUUACCACACCUUCUGCAUACUCCAGAAGGAAGGGGCAUUCUGUUGCCAGUGUUCCUUGAAGAAACAUUGUUUCUAGGAAUGACCUGUUUACAGUCCCUUUUCAAAUGUCCUUGCUUUCCACAUCCAAAACAUCUAACAUUCCUCAAACCUUUUGAAAUUGCUUUUCCUACCAACAUAUCAUCUUGGUCAUGAGACUCAACAUUAAGUGUGUCUCUAAUCCAAUCUUCCAAGGGUGCAGAUCUUGCCUUUAAUGGCCUGAUUAUUCUUUUGCAUGCUGCAUUCGCAUUCUCAAAGGCCAAAGAUUCAAUUAUUAUCUGACUAGCUUCUGAAUCUGGGACCAUUCUCUUUACUGCUGAAGCCAGUCUUAGUAAAAAAAAUCUGUGAAAGAUUCUUUUGGGCCCUGUAUAACCUUUGUAAAUGACUCAGUUUUCUUUCCUGGUUCCUCAACUCUGUCCCAUACAUUCAAGGCUGCCAUUCAACAUAGAAUUAAGGUUUGUAUAUCAUAUAAACAUUGUGUUUGUACUGCAGCAUAUUGGCCUUCUCCAACAAACUGAUCCUGGGAGACUUGUAUUCCUUUAUCCUUCCAUUGUUUUUCUAUGUUUUUGCCUCUUCCUUGAACCACAUUUGCCACUGGAGCCGUUGACCAGGUUCCAGAACAGCCUGUGCCAGCUCCUGCCAGUCCUGUGGUAUAAUCCUAUUAUAUGUUGACCAGAUGUUUAACAUUUGCUUUACAUAUGGGGAAUGCAUGCCAUAAGAUACUAUUGCCUCCUUAAACCUUCGUAAAUCUAACAUUUCAAUUGGAGCCCAAAUAUUUUGUAUAUUCACUUGAUCAGGUAACUGCUGUACGGUUACCGGAUAAAUUAAGGGUGAUUGUGUGAAAACAGGCUUUCUUUCUGUAACCUUAUGAUCCAAUCUUGAAACAACUUCACUGUUAAUUCCUUCGGUCUGAAUUUGAAUUUCUCUAUAAUUCAUUUUAACAGGUUCAACAGGUUUUUCUAAAACUCUUAUCCUGGCACUUAAAUUGACUAUCUUUUUAAAUAGUAAAAUGAGGAUAAGAAAAGUAAUAAAGUGCGUAAUUCGAUCAAUA